AGUGGCACGCGGUGCAUGCCGGGAGUUGUAGUCCCGCCCCCGUCCCCCGUUUCCCCCCUCCCCUCCCCUCCCCGGUACCGGCGGGGCCCGGGGGGCACCGGGAGUGGGGGGGGAGGGGCGGGCGGGGGUCCCGCGGGGUUCGGGAGCGACCCCCGGGGGGGGGCGGGGGAGGGGAGCGGGGGAGGGGAGCAGGGGAAGGGGGGGCCGAACCCCGCCGCCCCCUCCCCGAGCGCGGAGCGGCCCCGGCGGCGCAAAAUGGCCACGGCUCUGCACAAACCCCUCAAAUGUCUGGGUGAGGAGUUCUACCGCGAGGCACUGGAGCACUGCCGCAGCUACAACGCACGGCUCUGCGCCGAGCGCAGCCUCCGCCUGCCCUUCUUGGACGCGCAGACCGGCGUGGCGCAGGGCAACUCCUACAUCUGGAUGGAGCGGGCGCACCGCCGGCCUGGCCUGUCCCCGGGUCAGAUCUACUCAUACCCUGCCCGCUGCUGGCGCAAGAAGCGGCGCCUGAACAUCCUGGAGGCCCCGAGGCUGCGGCCAUACAUGGACACCCCCGGGUCAGUGCGGAAGGAGGGGUCCCUGCCCGAGGGGCCGGUGCUGGAGGCGCUGCUCAGCGCGGAGCCGCCCGAGCGCAAGGGCGGCGACACCAAGGACGAGGAGGCAGCGCUGGACGGAGCGAAGCCGCCCCCCCCCGAUUUCCCGCACGAUCCUGAUGGGGAUGAGCUGGACGAGGAAACGCCGCGGAGGAAGAACCGCAACAAGGGCAAGGCGUACGGGCUGGUGGUGCGGCGCAGGGUGGACGCCGCGCUGGAGGAGAGAGACAAGCCCUACGUGUGCGACAUCUGUGGGAAGCGCUACAAGAACCGCCCCGGGCUCAGCUAUCACUACACCCACACCCACCUGGCCGAGGAGGAGGGCGAGGAGCCGGGGGGGGGCGCGGGGCCCCCCCGCAGGAAUCACCACCGGCAGUUUUACAAAGAGUUAAACUGGGUCCCCGAAAACCAGCGCAGGAACACAGGCCGCCCCGCCCCCCCCGGGCCCCCCCCCGAGGGUCCCUGUGAUUUCUGCGCCGGAGGAGCGAGAGCGAGAGGGAGCGAGGAGCAGCUGAUCGCCUGCGCCGACUGCGGGAGGGCAGGACACCCCUCGUGCCUGCAGUUCUCCCUGGCCAUGGCGGCGGCGGCGCGCUCGUACCGCUGGCAGUGCAUCGAGUGCAAAUCCUGCAGCCUGUGCGGGACAGCUGAGAACGACGAGCAGCUGCUGUUCUGUGACGACUGCGACCGAGGGUACCACAUGUACUGCCUGAGCCCCCCCAUGGCCGAGCCCCCUGAGGGGAGCUGGAGCUGCCACCUGUGCCUGCGGCAGCUGAAGGAAAAGGCCUCGGCCUUCAUCACCCUCACCUAGGGAGGGCUAAACCCCUAAAAAACCCAAACCCCCCCCCAAGACCUCCCCAAAAAACCCCAAACCCCCCAAAAAUCCUUCAAAAGCCAUAACAGAGCUGGGGGGGGGAGGGGAAAUUUGGGGAGGGGGCUGCAAAUUUGGGAGGGGGGGCACAAAGUGUUGCAUGAUGGGAAAAGGGGGGGCUCCUCAGCGCCCCUCCCCCCCCCCCCCCGGGUGAAUUUGGGGGGGGGGGGAUUUUUUUGGGGGGGUUGGUGUUGUUAAGGGGGGGUUUUUGGGGGAGUCGUUGCCUAUCCCCCCCAUCCCAGGGGGUUUUUGGGGUCCCCCCAGCCCGAUUUUGGGCCCCCCCCGUGGUGUCGUGGUCGGUUCUGUGCUGUGGUGUCCGUGCAGUAAAUUUGGGGGUGUCCCCCCCCCCGG